AUGAAGCUGUUGCUACUGACGCUAUCUGCUGCACUUGCGAGCGCGUUAUCCCAGGACAUACCUUGGUCGCCGCCUGGACCUGGCGAUGUGCGCAGCCCAUGCCCCGUGCUAAAUGCACUCGCCAACCAUAACAUCCUCCAACACGAUGGAAAGGAUAUUACACAGCAAGAUACAAUCAGCGCAAUGGACGCUCUACACGUGGACGAAGAACUUUCCAACACACUGUUCGCAGCGGCACUGAAGACGAACCUAACACCCAACGCCACCACCUUUUCUCUUGACGAUUUGGAUCAUCACAACAUCAUAGAGCAUGAUGGUAGUCUGAGCCGCGGUGACUUCUACUUCGGCGACAACCAUUCCUUUAACCAGACCCUCUUUGACCAAGUGAAGUCUUAUUGGACCGAACCCUUGAUCGAUCUGCAUUUAGGAGCGAAAGCCCGGCUAGCAGGGGUAAACAGGUCCAAGGCUACCAACCCAACAUUUGACCUCUCCGGGUUCCGUCUUCGAUUCAGCUAUGCACAAACAGCUACUUAUAUCCUUGUAUUCGGAGACAAGGUCUCGGGAACUGUUAACAAAACUUGGAUUGAAUAUCUGUUCGAAAAAGAACGGCUCCCGGUCGAGCUUGGGUGGGAAAAGCAGGAAACCCCCAUAUCGACAUCCGACCUUGAUAGUAUGAUCGAGAGAGUUAUGCAAGCUACCAAAGAAAUUGAAAACUCGCAGGAGAUGUGA